CCAUUAACUUCCCCUAUCCCCUUCUCACAAAUUUAGAAGAGCCCUUUUCUGUUUACAUAAAGUGAUAAACAAUCUUGUUCCUUAAUUUUUUGGCUCUUCUCUAAGGAUUACAACGUACUUCAUUUCAUAACAAUGAUGCUCAACUUUAACAGAAUCAUUUUCUUAGCCAUUGCCAUCUUUUGCCUUGUUCUCUCACAGGAGUGGGAGGUCUGCAACGCAACGAAUCGUCAUCAUCUUUCUAUACCACCUGUUCACGGGGUCUUUUUGGGUGCACAAAUAGAUUGCAAAAAAAGGUGUCAUGAAAGGUGCGGUUUGGCAUCAAGAUACAGAAGGUGUCUACGGGCAUGUAACACUUGCUGCCAGCGUUGCAACUGCGUGCCACCAGGAACUUCCGGCAACGCCGAUACCUGUCCUUGCUGGGUUACCAUGACCACCAAGAGCGGCCGCAAGAAGUGCCCUUGAAAUUAAUCUUCUUAAUUACCAAGGACGUACGAAAUUUAAUUGCAUCUAAUUAAAUUUAUUCACACAAAUUAAAAAUUCCAACACUCUAAGAAAAACAUUUUACUAUUAAUUUUCAGCUUCAUAGUUCAUAUUUUAGGGUGGUUUUUGUCACACUAAACUUUCUUUUUAGUGCAUGUGUGUUGUAAUUAAGUUGCGUACAAAAACCAUGGGGGGGAGAUAAUGAACAGAGAAUUAGAGGAUGUACUAAAACAAUUUCAGUUUAUUUCAAUUAUAAACAAAAACCUUUUUAUGUGCAAUAAUGGAAUCCAAAUUCUUUUUAACGAAAA